CUUGCGGUCCCCGUACGGUUCACACGUAUCGGUCGACGCGGCGCGGUUAACGAGUAAUUACGAAUAUAAUAUCACUACCGAGUGUUCUGUUUUAACACCGUUUGUCAAGUUAGGGGUACUCCUGGCAACGGGAGCCCCUUCUGACACUAUGGAUAAACCUACCCCCACCAAAAUGAAGACAUCAGUACUCGUAUUAGCUGCGCUAGCGGUGGUGGCCCAGGCACAGUUCCCCAAUGGACGCAUCCUGGAGCCUCCGGUGCCUUCUUUGUGUGUACAGAGAAACAUCCAUGAGAGAUACGCUGACAAUAAAGGAUACUUCUUCUCGUGGCGGGACCCAGCGCUCCGCGGCGUCGAAGAAGACUGGUUGAGCGCAAGAAACUACUGCCGACAACGCUGCAUGGACCUAGUAUCUCUCGAGACCAGCGAUGAAAAUGAAUGGGUCAAAGCGCGUAUUGUCCAGGACAAGAUAAAGUACAUUUGGACAUCGGGCCGUCUUUGUGACUUCAAAGGAUGCAACCGACCUGACUUACUACCUAACGAAAUAAACGGUUGGUUCUGGACUGCUGAGCUGCAGAAGUUGGCUCCCACCACCAACCGUCAACAGAACGACUGGUCCGAAGGUGGCGGCAUUGGAAAACCGCAACCUGAUAACCGGGAGCUGAUACAAGGAGGCGCUUCUGAGCACUGCGUCGCAAUCUUAAACAACUUCUACAACGACGGUGUCCACUGGCACGACGUCGCCUGCCACCACCGCAAGCCAUUCGUUUGCGAAGAAAACGACGCCCUCCUCAAAUACGUCAGAUAUACCAAUCCUAACUUAAGAGUUUAACUGUCUAUGACUUCACUUUAUACUUUUAUAACCAAAAAGUUUUAAUUUAAUUAUUAAAGAAAAUUAACCCGAGUACUACAUAUUAUGUAAAACUGAUGGCCAGAUUUUGUUUAUAAUGUGCUAAUUUGAUAAAUAUCAAGUGUAAUAAAGAAUUAUAUUUGUCUAUCUGAAUGUUUUAGCUUUAUAGUUUAAAUGUACCUCAAUAUUUAUUACAUUUAAUUUAAUAUAAUUAAAAGUUAUGAAUAAAUAAAAUGAUAUUGAAGCAUGCUUAAUUUGUACAUCUAAGUGUUGAUAGUGUACACAAAGAUGUAUCAAUAAAGACUGCUUUAUUUUAA